AUGAAGAGUGGGGUGUGUGAAAACCUCGAGGAUUUGGACGCAGAAAACACGGAGAGAAGAUCCAAGGAAAAGCAAAGAAAAACAUUCCAAUGUCUUUCAAGAAGAACAGUUGCACUGAGAAUAUCCUACGAUGGGCGAAGAUAUAGUGGAAUGGCACCUCAGAGUGGAAAAGAGACUGUGGGAGGGCAUCUUGAAAAUGCCUUGAAGUUUACAGGACUAGGAGAAAAACUGGUGUAUGCGGGAAGAACAGAUGCAGGAGUAAGUGCAAUAAGCAUGGUGGUAUCUGGAGUGUUUAUAUCGAGGAUUGAAAUGCCUAAUAGAAGCUAUGUUGUAACGGAAAGUGACUACAAAGAGUAUAAGUACGACAUGAUAUUAAACAGUCAUCUUCCUUCAGAUAUACGUGUGAUUGGAUGGGCUCCUGUGCCAGAUACAUUUAGUGCUAGAUUUACAUGUAUACAAAGGCAAUAUCGAUACUAUUUUCACAAAGAGGACCUUGAUGCAGACAGAAUGAGGGAGAUGGCAUCUAGAAUUAAGAAAAUGGAAAACUUCUACUAUUUUAGCAAGCAUUCAGACAAAAACGCUCGGUACGAAAGGAAGUUAGACGAGUGCAGGAUAGUCGACGAGGGAGAUGUAUAUUACCUAGAUAUAAGGGCCAGGGCAUUUCUUCAUAACAUGGUCCGAAAGAUUGUUUGGGCUAUACAGAAAGCCGGAAAGGGAGAGACAUAUGAUGCUGAGAGGGUAGGAACGUCGGAGCCGGAUCCACUAGUCUUUUGUGGAGCUAUAUAUCCCCAUGAGCUUUGUUUCAUCAAUAACCCUCGCUGCCAUGAAGAAUUUCGUCGACAAAUGGAAAAUGACCAGAUCAGUUAUAAGAUAUCGCAGGCUAGACUAGAGAGCCUUAGAAACGAACUUUGCAAAGAAACCAAGCGCAAAGAAGAAGAAGCAUCACAUAAAUAA